AUGUCUUCGUUCCUCUCAUAUAUCCCCGUGGUCAACCGGCUGGUGAGCUCUCAUACCCCGGCGGACCAAGUCUUUGACUUGUCUCCUCCCGAGACUCACAACAUUGAGACGAACCCGGACCGUCGUGCGCGGAGGCUCAAGCAUCUAAUCAAGGCAAAUCAUGCUAAUUACUCCAUCCUCUACCAUGACCUCCGGUUUCACAACCACAACGCUUAUAUCCUUACCUCAGCUUACCUUCUCGGUGCGAAUGAGGACCAGCUCCGGACGCUCUACGAAAAACAAAUAGGCGAGCUUGAGCCGUGGUCGGAAUCUCCCUGUGAAAUCACAGAGGAUGACUGGGUUGAGUACUUGGGCGAUGGAACUUACCAGCGGGCGUUUGUGGACUUCUUCGAGGAUCAGCUGGUGAUGCGUUUCUCCUAUGACUGGAAGAAGCUCUUGGAGAAUUAUAUGUUCCAAGAUAAGAGGCCGCUGAUCAGCGGACUCUUUGGAGGUCUUGGGCACCCCUUGAUCCAUUUUGGCUAUGCUUACGAGGUCAAUUCGAAGGAGCUUGCAAUCGAGGCUCUAACGAUGUCCGCUGUGCAGUUGAACUACUUCCACAAGUAUCUGGACAACCCGAGUUAUACGCAGCCAUCCUCCUUUUCAACCUAUUCCCUUGCUGAACUUUUAGAGAAAGUAAGGGCGGAUUCUCGCUUCAAAGAUCUGUUUCCUACGCGGCGACUUGAGAAUAUUGACCAGCUUUUCGAGAACCACGAGAGCUUGGUAAUGGAGUACUGGAAUGCUUGGGAAAUCAAGGAUCCCGAACAGCAGUUCGAAGAGUGUCAAGCGACUGCAGUGUCCCUUCUUGUAGCAACGGUUGCUCCCGGAACGCAUAGCUACAACUAUCUCUUGGUCCAUGUCCUCACUACUAGUCAUGCUAUAAGGGUAUUGCUCCCGCUCAUCCCCGAGAAAUUCCACGCCAUAUUGGUCCGCGGUUGGGUCCUUUAUACGUUGGCCAUAUAUAUCUCGCUCCUUCGGCCUGAGAUUGAUCCCGACUACGUCGAUCCGUCCGCAAUCCUGAAAGAUGCCCAUUUCGUUGAAGCUGUCCGUGCUAUAAAAGGGGUAGCUCAAACAUGGGGCGAUGUCCACGAGCGCCAUCUUGCAGCCGCCGUUCGGUUUGUCGACGACUUCCACGGCUGGAACUUCACGCAAUAA